AUGAGCGUCUCCCUGGUGGUCCUUCGCUUGGAGCUGGCCGAGUCUUCGCCCGUGCCGGGCGGCUUCUCCUACUGCGGUGACGCUACUGAGAUGUCUAAUGAGGCCAUUCAGGAGACGUCGCUGGCGGCCGCUUCGGUGAGCUUGGAGGGCAAGGCGCCCGUGGAGAGGGCGGCCAUAAUCCACCAACACAUUGGCCGGCGGGAGAUGACGGACGUGAUCAUUGAGACGAUAAAGCCGGAUCCAGAUGAGGUGAAAUCGAUGAUGGAAAAAGCUGGCGCAGCGGAGGCUUCCUCCCCUGAGGAUCCCAAUAAUCAGGACGGCCAGAGUGGAAGCAUUGGGAGUACACCGGAUUCUCCGUCAAAGCAGCUCCCUGACCAGAUUUCCUUUUUCAGUGGGAAUCCUUCUGUUGAAAUAGCUCACGGCAUUAUGCACCUGUACAAGACAAACAAAAUGACCUCAUUAAAAGAAGAAGUGCGGCGUAGCGCCAUGCUGUGUAUUCUCACAGUCCCUGCCACAAUGACCAGCCACGACCUCAUGAAGUUUGUGGCUUCUUUUUAUGAUGUCAUUGAACACAUGAAAAUCAUCCGAGAUUCCACCCCAAACCAGUACAUGGUCCUCAUCAAGUUCCGGACCCAGGCAGAUGCGGACAGCUUCUACAUGGCUUGCAACGGUCGGCAGUUUAACUCCAUAGAAGAGGACGUUUGCCAGCUCGUCUAUGUGGAAAGGGCAGAGGUCUUCAAGUCAGAAGAUGGGGCCAGCCUCCCCGUCAUGGAUCUGACCGAGCUCCCCAAAUGCACCGUCUGCUUGGAGAGGAUGGAUGAGUCGGUCAACGGGAUCCUGACCACGGUCUGCAACCACAGCUUCCAUAGUCAGUGUCUGCAGCGUUGGGAGGACACCACCUGCCCCGUCUGCAGGUACUGCCAGACUCCAGAGCCUGUGGAAGAAAACAAGUGUUUUGAAUGUGGAGUCCAAGAAAACCUUUGGAUAUGUCUCAUCUGUGGGCACAUUGGAUGCGGGCGUUACGUGAGCCGGCACGCGUACAAGCACUUUGAGGAGACACAACACACCUACGCCAUGCAGCUGACCAAUCACAGGGUCUGGGACUACGCCGGCGACAAUUACGUCCACCGUCUGGUGGCCAGCAAAACGGACGGGAAGCUGGUUCAGUACGAAUGCGAGGGGGAUGUGUGUCAAGAAGAGAAAAUUGAUGCCUUACAGUUAGAAUAUUCCUACUUGCUAACCAGCCAGUUGGAGUCCCAGCGCAUCUACUGGGAGAACAAGAUCGUCCGAAUAGAAAAGGACACAGCCGAAGAAAUCAAUAACAUGAAGACAAAAUUUAAAGAGACCAUUGAGAAAUGCGACUCGCUUGAACACAAACUGAACGACUUACUGAAGGAGAAACAGUCGCUCGAAAGGAAAUGCGCCCAGCUAAACACCAAGCUGUCCAAGCUGACCAGCGAGCUGAAGGAAGAGCAGGAGAUGAACAAAUGCCUGCGGGCCAACCAGCUCCUGCUCCAGAACAAGCUGCGGGACGAGGAGAAGCUCCUGAAGGAGACCUGUGAGCAGAAGGACCUCCAGAUCACCGAGAUCCAGGAGCAGCUCCGGGACGUCAUGUUCUACCUGGAGGCCCAGCAGAAGAUCAACCACCUGCCGGCGGAGGCCAGACAGGAGAUCCAGGACGGGCAGAUCAACAUCCCCGUGGCCUCUUCGGCGGGUUCCUCCGCGGGGGGCAGCGGGAAGCCCCCCUCCCGCAAGGGAAGAAGCAAAAGGGGCAAGUGA